GGAAAGGGGCGGAGGCCCCGGCAGAGUUGCCCCACGUGAGAUAGCUGCGGAGCUGAGUCUCUGGCCGGCGUCCAGUUUGGGUCUAGGUAGGCGUUGGGGCUGUGGAGAUGAGGAAGGAAGCUCCGCUCCCCAUGGUGCCGCCGGCGGCCCGAGAAUGGAACCUGCCCCCUAAUGCGCCCGCUUGUAUGGAGCGGCAGUUGGAAGCGGUGCGCUAUCGGUCCGAUGGGGCGCUCUUGCUUGGAGCUUCCAGCCUGAGUGGCCGCUGCUGGGCUGGCUCCCUCUGGCUUUUCAAGGACCCUUGUUCUGCCCCCAACGAAGGCUUCUGCUCCGCCGGAGUCCAGACGGAGGCCGGAGUGGCCGACCUCACUUGGGUGGGGGACAAAGGUAUCCUCGUGGCUUCUGAUUCGGGUGCUGUUGAAUUGUGGGAGCUGGAUGACAACGAAACGCUCAUUGUCAGCAAGUUCUGCAAGUACGAGCACGACGACAUCGUGUCUACAGUCAGUGUCCUGAGCCCCGGCACUCAAGCUGUCAGCGGCAGCAAGGACUUCUGCAUCAAGGUUUGGGACCUUGCUCAGCAGACAGUACUGAACUCCUACCGAGCUCAUUCUGGGCCAGUCACUUGUGUCGCUGCCUCUCCUCACAAGGACUCCGUGUUUCUGUCAUGCAGUGAGGACAAUAGAAUUUUACUCUGGGAUACUCGCUGUCCCAAGCCAGCAUCACAGAUGGGCUGCAAUGCCUCUGGCUACCUCCCUACCUCACUGGCUUGGCAUCCUCAGCAAAGCGAAGCCUUUGUCUUUGGUGAUGAGGACGGGACGGUCUCCCUUGUGGACACCAAGAGUACAAGUUGUGCCCUCAGCUCAGCUGUGCACUCCCAGUCUGUCAGUGGGCUGGUGUUCUCCCCACACAGUGUUCCCUUCCUGGCCUCCAUCAGUGAAGACUGCUCGCUUGCCGUGCUGGACGCCAGCCUCUCCGAGGUGUUUAGAAGCCGAGCCCACAGAGACUUUGUGAGAGAUGCUACUUGGUCCCUGCUCAAUCACUCCCUCCUGACCACAGUGGGCUGGGACCACCAAGUCAUCCACCACACUGUGCCCCUAGAGCCUGGCCCAGCCCCUGCUGCUAACAGCGUUGCUGACUAGGCUGGAUUGAAGAACAAAGCAAAUCCCAUCUGAGCACCCACUCCCUCUGCGCCUGCUCCCUCAGCCUCGGAGACAGCAUGGUGGCUCGUGCAGUGUGCUGCGUGGGGUGCAGCAGCAUCUCAGCCUGCGGAGGCUGCCUUCUGGGGUCCCGUAGUCAUAGGGAGGAGAGGUUUUUAAAAAAUGUAUGUGUAUCUGAAUGUGUGUAGAUUAAUCAUUUUCCCCAAGUUGUUCCAACCAAAAAAAGUUGGCUGUAGGCUUUUCUUCUCACAUAGCUGUGCCAAAGGUUUGUCCGCAUCUGGGUGAGGGGCGGCAUGGGGACAUCCCUUGGUUCAUGAAAGCAGCUCUCUGACUCCUCACGAUCCUUAGCAGGCAGACCUCAGAGGCGCUGCCGGUUCUGUUCCAGACCGCCACAAUAAAGCGAUUAUUGCAGUACA